AGGCAUCUGCAAAUCUGCAAAUUGUAUCAAGAUGGGAAGAAGAGAAAAGAAGAAUAAAGAGCUCUUAUUUGUACAUGACAAGAUGUAUAGUAUUAUUCCAGACAUACCGACAGCAAAAGGAAUUCAAGAGAAGGAAAAGGUCCUCAGUAUUCAAAGGCCAAAACCAUCUCCACUUAAAGCAUCAGGCAAAAGGUAUGAAGUUUUGCCUCGCGCAGGAGACAUUUUCCCACCUUCUCUUCCCGCCAACACCUCUAGACUCCACCCAAAGAUCGACACUAUCAUGUCUGAACCGAAAACUAAGAAAAUGAAAGCCCCACUUGCUUGUCUCGACACAGAGAGAAUAAGGGAAACAAUUGACAAAGCCAAAAAUAAAAGCAGAAAGGCGAAGAAGAAAUCGACAGAGCCUCCUCCCAAAGAAUUCUAUCAACAAAUAAACGAUUCAAAUAAACAACACGAAAGCACAGUGCCUCAGGCGCAUAUUCCUCGACCACCAUCCAAUCCAAACGAUCCAGCAAAACAAAGAAGAAUUGUCAAACUUCGACAGUCAACUUCAUGCCGUGAUCUAGACAUUGGGCAGUACGAAAGUCCUAUGAACUCAGUUAUAUUGCAGCGAAGCGUACACCACAGUGAAGACUACAUGGUCUUUGACCAGGGUUCCAGGAAUGUGAAUCCUGAGCAAUAUAUGGAGUACCCAAACCCAGCUGAAUACGCUGUCUACAAGGAUCCUACUCCAGCCAUCAGAUUUAUGAAUCCAGUUAAUUACAAUCGAUGUACAGCUCCAACUGAAGGUUUACAGUACAUUGAUCCACAUCAAGUACUGGAUCACUUGAAUCCUUACACUAGAAGAUUCUCGGCUCCAAAAGAACACGAUGCGUACAUGAACCCACAUCAUGUACUGGAUAACUUGGAUCCAUUGCCUCACACCAAAAGAUUCUCGGCUCCAAAAGAACAGGAUGCGUUCAUGAAUCCACAUCAAGUACUGGAUAACUUGGAUCCAUUGCCUCACACUAGAAGAUUCUCGGUUCCAAAAGAACAAGAUGCGUACAUGGAUCCACAUGAAGUAUUGGAUCACUUGAAUCCAUUUCCUUACAGUGGUGAAUGCUCGGCUCCAAAUGAAUACGCUGCGUACAUGGAUCAACAUCUAGUAUUGGAACAAAUGAAUCUCUCUUCUUACAGUGGACGCUCGGCUCUACAUGAAUACAAUGGAUACGGAAAUCCCAAACAACCAAUUACAUACAUGAAUCCUAACAAACGCACGGCGACAUUUGAUCCACAAAUCAGAUGCGCUAUCCCGGAGAGAUUAUACGUGAAACAUGAUCACCAUAGCGCUAGCAACAGCAACUGCUACAGCAAACCCAAGAAGACAUACCGUAAAAAGGCAUCAAAAGAAAAAUCUGUACGGCAUAGCAGCACGAUAUCAAUUGACAAUAUUUGCAUUUGAAGCUCAGAAGAAAAAGUGCAUCAACAUUUUUGUGUCAGGCGAUAAUUAAAGCUGUUUUCAAUGAGAUAAGCCAAACGGGACAGCGUUUCCAGUAAUUGAACGUUACAUGCAUCUGUGCGAUAUCAUUUGAACACAAAUACA